AUUAAAAAAAAAAAAGAGACAUGGUGCUACUGCAGAGAAACAUGAAACUCCGAAAACAACCACCUUUGUCACUGUCCCUUGUCACCUUCAUAUCUAUCACUAUCUUCACCACUGCCACCACCAUCAUCUCACCCGGAACAACUCUCUAUGCUUCAAACACCAACCAAUCGUGGCCUUCUCCCAACAACACCUUUUCCCUACGCUUCCACCCUCUCCAGACCACCCCAUCUUCCUUCAUCGCCGCCGUUGUACACUCCGAUGGCGCCCCCAUUAUCUGGUCCACCGGAAAUUCUGCGGCCGUGGACUUCGGCGGCUACCUCCGCCUUCUUCCAGCUGGAAACCUUCGCUUGGUUAAUGGCUCCGGCGCUACCUUGUGGGACUCCAACACCAGCAACAUAGGUGUCACCUCAGCAACGGUUCUUGAAAGUGGAAACUUUGUUCUCUCCAAUGGAACUUCCACUGUUUGGUCAAGCUUUGAGAACCCCACUGAUACAAUUGUCCCUUCUCAAAGUUUCAAUCUUGGUAUGGUUCUGAGAUCUGGGGUUUACUCAUUCUUUCUUCAGAAAUCUGGGAAUCUUACCCUUAGUUGGAAUAAUAGUGUUACUUAUUGGGAUCAAGGCUUGAACUUUUCAAUGAGUGGUGUGAAUUUGAGUUCACCUGUAUUAGGAUUGAAGUCUGUGGGGAUUUUGGAGAUUAGUGAUCCUAAUUUGACUUCACCUGUGGUUGUUGCCUAUAGUAGUGACUAUAAUGAAGGAGGGAACAAUGUGUUGAGGGUUUUGAAGCUUGGUGAUGAUGGGAAUUUGAGGGUUUAUAGUUAUUUGAAGGGUAGUGAAGUUGUGAAUGUGAAUUGGGUUGCUGUUGAGGAUCAAUGUGAGGUUUUUGGUUACUGUGGGAACUAUGGUGUGUGUAGUUAUGAUUCAAAAUCAGAACCUCUUUGUGGCUGUCCAUCUCAGAAUUUUGAGAUGGUUGAUCCUAAUGAUGGUAGGAAAGGGUGCCAGAGGAAGGUGAAGCUUGAGGACUGUGUUGGGAAGGUUGCUAUGUUGCAAUUGGAUCAUGCAAAAUUCUUGACAUACCCUCCUGUUUUUGUUGUUAAUCCUGAGAUAUUUUUCAUUGGUAUUUCAGCUUGUAGUGGAAAUUGUCUUGCUGCUAGUUCUUGUUUUGCGUCCACUUCCUUGGCGGAUGGAACCGGAUGGUGUUACAUUAAGACGUCGAAUUUCAUCAGUGGAUACCGGAAUCCUGCGCUGCCUAGCACUUCCUUCAUUAAGGUUUGUCCACCUGUAGCUCCAAACUCAACUCCCUCUUUGGAGAAUGUUGUUAAGAAGCAUUGGAGGAUUCAUGGUUGGGUAGUAGCUUUAGUUUUGAGUAGCAUUUUAGGUUUCCUUGCAUUUGAGGGUGGUUUAUGGUUGUGGUGUUUUAGGAAUAUCCCGAGAUUCGGUGGAUUCUCUGCUCAUUAUGCUCUGCUUGAGUAUGCAUCCGGCGCACCAAUCCAUUUCUCUUACAAGGAACUUCAAAGGUCAACCAAGGGCUUCAAGGAGAAGCUAGGUGAUGGUGGAUUUGGUGCUGUUUAUAAAGGAACUCUUGCUAAUAAAUCUGUUGUUGCUGUGAAGCAACUUGAGGGAAUUGAGCAAGGUGACAAACAGUUUAGGAUGGAGGUUUCUACCAUAAGUAGCACCCAUCAUUUGAAUCUAGUGAGGUUGAUUGGUUUCUGUUCGGAAGGGCGUCACCGGCUUUUGGUAUACGAGUUCAUGAAAAAUGGAUCACUUGAUAAUUUCCUCUUUGUUGAUGAUGAACUACAAUCAGGGAAAUUAUUGGAUUGGGAUCAAAGAUUCAACAUCGCCCUUGGCGCCGCGAGAGGCCUGACAUACCUUCAUGAGGAGUGUAGAAACUGCAUUGUUCAUUGUGACAUCAAGCCUGAAAACAUUCUCUUAGACGAGAACUACAACGCAAAAGUCUCGGAUUUUGGCCUUGCAAAGCUCUCGAGUGCCACGAAUCACCGGCACAGAACAUUGACUAGUGUGAGAGGAACAAGAGGGUACCUAGCGCCGGAAUGGCUGGCAAACCUUCCAAUUACUUCGAAAUCAGAUGUGUAUAGUUAUGGUAUGGUUGUGUUGGAGAUAGUGAGUGGUAGAAGGAACUUUGAAGUCUCAGAAGAAACAAACAGAAAGAAAUGUUCAAUAUGGGCCUAUGAGGAGUUUGAGAAAGGUAACAUAAGAGGUGUGACUGACAAAAGAUUGUUUUGUGAAGAAGUGAAGUUGGAGAAAGUAGAGAGAUUGAUUAUGGCAUGUUUUUGGUGCAUUCAGGAGCAGCCAUCAAUGAGGCCAACAAUGAGCAAGGUUGUUCAAAUGCUAGAAGGUGUGGUAGAUAUUGAAAAUCCACCACCACCAAAAUCCAUUACAAUGGGAUUUUCUAGUGCAAUUAACACCAAUGUUGCAGAUUCAUCAGCUUUGUAACUCAGAAAAGAACAUUCCUUUCUUUUCUGGAUUUUGGUGAUAUGAUAUGAGAUUUCUUCUACCACUUUGUAAUAUUAUAUGUGUAAUUGUCUGCUGUUGGAGUAGUAAUAUCCUUAUACCAAUUAUCAUGUAUUCUUUACUCUAAUAUACCCAUUAAUA